AUGAUAUUGGCACGGGGAGCUAUUUCUUUCUGUCAGUUCACUCCCUUUCCUCUGUCAGAUGUUGCUGGCUUCCUAUUGUCUUCUUUUCUCACUCUUAUUGCCUCUUUCCUUCUCCAAAUCUACAAUGACCUUUUCUUCUUUUCGGUUGAAUGUCCCGUUUCUUUCUUUCUUCCUUCCUUUCCUCUCUUUGUUUCUUUCUUUUUUCAGUUCCACUCUUUCUUUUUGAUGCACUCUUCUUUCUUUCUUUCUUUCUUUCUUUCUUUCUUUCUUUCUUUCUUUCUUUUUCAGUUCCACUCUUUCUUUUUGUUGCACUCUUCUUUCUUUCUUUCUUUCUUUCUUUGUUUCUUUCUUUCUUUCGUUCUUUCUUUCUUUCUUUCUUUCUUUCUUUUUCAGUUCCACUCUUUCUUUUUGUUGCACUCUUCUUUGUUUCUUUCUUUCUUUGUUUCUUUCUUUGUUUCUUUCUUUCUUUAUUUCUUUCUUUCUUUCUUUCUUUCUUUCUUUCUUUCUUUCUUUUUCAGUUCCACUCUUUCUUUUUGUUGCACUCUUCUUUCUUUCUUUCUUUCUUUCUUUCUUUCUUUGUUUCUUUCUUUCUUUGUUUCUUUCUUUCUUUUUCAGUUCCACUCUUUCUUUUUGUUGCACUCUUCUUUCUUUCUUUCUUUCUUUCUUUCUUUCUUUGUUUCUUUGUUUCUUUCUUUCUUUCUUUCUUUUUUCAGUUCCUCUUUCUUUUUGUUGCACUCUUCUUUCUUUCUUUCUUUCUUUCUUUCUUUCUUUCUUUCUUUCUUUCUUUUGCUUUCUUUCUUUGAGUUGCACUCUUUCUUUCUUUCUUUCACUUUUCUUUCUUUCUUUCUUUCUUUCUUUUUUCUUUCUUUCUUUCUUUUUCAGUUCCACUCUUUCUUUUUGUUGCACUCUUCUUUCUUUCUUUCUUUUUUUGUUUCUUUCUUUCUUUCUUUUUCAGUUCCACUCUUUCUUUUUGUUGCACUCUUCUUUCUUUCUUUCUUUCUUUCUUUUUCAGUUCCACUCUUUCUUUUUGUUGCACUCUUCUUUCAUUCUUUCUUUCUUUCUUUCUUUCUUUCUUUCUUUCUUUCUUUCUUUCUUUUUUUCUGUUUCACUCUUUCUUUUAUCUUUCUUUCUUCUGUUGAACUCUUUCCUUCUAUUGCACGCUUCUUUCUUUCUUUCUUUCUUUCUUUCUUUCUCUUUGUUGCACUCUUCGUUUCUUUCCUUCUGCUGUCCUCUUUCUUUCUUUCUUUCUUUUUUCCUUUCUUUCUUUCUUUCUUAAUUUAUUUCUUUGCACGCACGUUUCUUUCUUUCAGCUGCACCCUUUUUACACUCUUUCAUUUUUUCUUUCUUUCUUUCUAUCUUUCUUUCUUUCAUUCUUUCAGUUGCACUCUUUCAUUCAUUCAUUCUUUCUUUCUUUCUUUCUUUCUUUCAACCCUUCUUUCUUUCAACCUUUCUUUCUUUCAGUUGCACUCUUCCAUUCAUACUUUCUUCCUUCCUUUCUUUCUAUCAAACUUUCUUUUUUUCAGUUGCACUCAUUCUUUCUUUCUUUCAUCCUUUCUUUCUUUCAACCUUUCUUUCUUUCUUUUAGUUGUACUCUUUCAUUCUUUCUUCCUUCCAUUCUUUCUUACAACCUUUCUUUCUUUCUUUUUUCUUUUUUUCAGUUGCACUCUUUCAUUCUUUCUUUCUUUUUUCUUUCUUUCUUUAAACCUUUCUUUCUUUCAACCUUUCUUUUUUCUUUCUUUCUUUCAGUUGCACUCUUUCAUUCAUUCUUUUUUCUUCCUUUCUUUCUUUAAACCUUUCUUUCUUUCAAACUUUCUUUCAUUUGCACUCUUUCAUUCUUUCUUUCUUUCUUCCUUUCUUUCUUUCAAGCUUUCUUUCUUUCUUUCAAACUUUCUUUCAGUUGCAAUCUUUCAUUCUUUCUUUCUUUCAAACUUUCUUUCUUUUUCCCUUUCUUUCUUUCUUUCUUUCAGUUGCACUCUUUCAUUCUUUCUUUCUUUCUUCCUUUCUUGCUUUCAAACUUUCUUUCUUUCAACCUUUCUUUCUUUCAAACUUUCUUUCUUUUUCCCUUUCUUUCAAACUUUCUUUCAGUUGCACUCUUUCAUUCUUUCUUUCUUUCAACCUUUCUUUCAAUAUUUCUUUCUUUCUUUCUUUCAGUUGCACUCUUUCAUUCUUUCUUUUUUUCUUUCUUUUAACGUUUCUUUCUUUCAAACUUUCUUUCUUUCUUUCUUUCUUUCAAUUGCAUUCUUUCAUUCUUUCAACCUUUCUUUCUUUCUUUCUUUCAACCUUUCUUUCUUUCAAACUUUCUUUCCUUCAGGUGCACUCUUUCAUUCAUUCUUUCUUUCUUCCUUUCUUUCUUUCAACCUUUCUUUCUUUCAAAAUUUCUUUCUUUCUUUCAUUUGCACUAUUUCAUUCUUUCUUUCUUUCUUCCUUUCUUACUUUCAUCCUUUCUUUCUUUCAAACUUUCUUUCUUUCUUUCAGUUGCAACUCAAGUCUUCUUUUUAUUCUUUCUUCCUCUUUUCCUCAUUCAAUCCAAUCAAUUGUUCUUCUCCUCCCUUUCCUUCGCCUUUCUUCUUCAUAAUAGCCACUCAAUUGCGUACAACGCUCUCUCUUCUUUUUAAAAAAAAACAACCAAUACUAUUCACCCUGGACAAAAAAAAAUCUUUCAAUAAAAGAAACCAUUUUAUUUCAUUGACUAAACAAGAAUCACUUCCUUCUUCAGCAGGUCUUCAUUCAAAGUUACCAUAA